AUGAUGGAUGGUAACGAUCACCGUGACUGUACGCAGCCGAGUGGGCCAGUUACGCCACGUGCAUUAUGUGGCGCAGAUGAAUUUGUGGAAUUGCGGCAUUACAGCACGCUGAAUGAGCCUUCCCAAAUGCACACGGAUGACCUCCAUCAGGAGGAGACGGUGCGGAGCGAAGUGGCAGUGCAGCUUGCGGAGAAGGUCGUUGUCCUUCGCCGGCAACUGCAGCGGCGGGAGGCCGAAAUUCAGGCGCUGAAGUCAGGCAUCGAGACUGGUGUGGGUCCGGCAACGCAUGGUGUCGCAGCCACCGCCGCGGACGGUUUGCCUGAUGGGGCAUGCAACAGUGUCCGUGCUGUGACGCCCGUGAAGACGGGGCUGCUCGGUGUGGAGCAGGCGACGGAGUUUCAGUGUCACCGCAGUACUGCCGAGCUUCAGCAGAAAUUGUCGGAGAUGGAGACGAAGGGGGCACUGUGGCGGCAACGCGUGAAGGAGGCGUUGCGGACGUCUCAAAGGCGAGAGCAGGCCCUUCUCGCCGAGAACAUUGCACUCCAGCAGCGGGCGCAGAAGUUACAGGAGAGGCUUAAUGAGGCCAUGUUUCGCAUCGAGGCUUGUGCUCUGAAGAACGCGCGGCAGACCACGAAGGUGUCUUGCCACAGCCAAACGAAUGAAUUUACAGAAGAUGCGGAGUCUGACAAGGAUUUGUGUUGCGGUGACACCCUGGUGAUGUCCGACACCGGCAUCACACUCUCCUUGCGGCAACCUCGACAUUCUUCUCCGAGGCCUACGACACGUGCAAUGUCGUAUGUGGUGGCGUCUAUGGAGAGCUUGGCUGCAGCGGCGACGGCAGCGCCCACUGUGGCGCCAAUGCUGCCUGAAUUUCUUUCCGACGGUGAUCCUAAAAGUCCUCUCAGAUUCCCUUACCCGCCUCCAUCGCUGCUGCUGAAGUCGCGUGGAAACUCAAAUCCAAACAGUAAUAGUACCAAUGACAGUAGCUUAAAUUAUGCGCUGGAGAUCACGUCGCGCGAUCCGGGCAGUCAGGCAAAGGCCCCACCGCUCAUUGUUGCAGUUCACUACAACAACUCAGAGGGGUGGAGUGUGCAGACGAAGGUGCGUGUCAGUCCCGGCAUGACGGUGACUAAGCUCAAGGAGUAUUGCUGCUCACUGUUUAACGAGCGCUACCAACUGCAGCUGGACGCCGUCGCACUGUGUGUGCGCUACUACCACGCGAAGGCGAAUCGGCAUGUGGUGCUGUCCGCGUACCGUGAACUGCACUCCUUCGCCUGUUUUCAGCGGUGCGAGCGCGAGCAGAUUCACAUCACACUGCAGCUCGUCACGGAGGAUCGCUUGGCAAGGCUUGUGCACGACACAAUGAAUGUUGCCACUGUGUCAAUGCUGAAUUCCCCACGUGACCCUUCGGAGUGA